GGAUGAAUUGAGGUCCGAUUUUUAAUCUGAAUGCUUUUGAACCAGCAGUUUGUGAGAGAAAGGUAGGCUAGACCUUAGACCAACUAAAGGCAGGUCUAAGUUGUGGCUCAGGCGGACCAAUUCUGUGCUCAUCCACAGCUGAAGUAGCAGUGUUAACAGCCAAAGACAUUUGGCGCACCAGAGCAGUUCCAUGUUGUUGGUCUUAUUUCGCCAUGUCGCUCUAUCCGCCACUCUCCCUUCAGACGUUAUGUACACGGAGCCAAAUGGUGAUGUCACAAGAAAUCAGUCCAUGGGGCAUGGUGGUGUGCCACAAUGCAUUUGUGUGCUGUGUGUGUUUUUAUGAUUUUUUUUCCCUUAACUGACGUCCCUCACUCCAUUUGAGUGGAUGAUUCUCGCCACCAUCAUUGCCAACUGCAUCGUCCUGGCGCUGGAGCAACACUUGCCUGACGGUGACAAGACGCCGCUGUCCGAACGUCUGGACGCCACGGAGAUGUAUUUCAUUGGGAUCUUCUGUUUUGAAUCCGGUAUCAAAAUCUUGGCCCUUGGGUUUGCCUUCCACAAGAACUCGUACCUGAGGAACGGAUGGAACGUCAUGGAUUUUGUGGUGGUGCUCACAGGGAUUCUAUCCACUGUGGGCUCCGAUUUUGACUUGCGGACCCUCAGAGCUGUCCGAGUCUUGAGGCCCCUCAAACUGGUCUCGGGUAUUCCUAGCUUACAGGUGGUGCUGAAAUCCAUCAUGAAGGCCAUGAUUCCUCUGCUCCAAAUUGGCCUCCUGCUUUUCUUCGCCAUCCUCAUGUUCGCCAUCAUCGGCUUGGAGUUUUACAUGGGCAAAUUCCACACCACCUGCUUCGACAAUCACACAGGGGAGAUCCGAGAAGAGUUCCCAUGCGGGACGGAACCUCCGUCGCGAUUGUGUCCGGAGGGUACCACGUGUCGAAAGUACUGGCUCGGUCCAAAUUACGGCAUCACCCAGUUUGACAACAUCCUUUUCGCCAUCCUCACCGUCUUCCAGUGUAUCACCAUGGAGGGCUGGACGGAACUGCUCUACUAUAGCAACGAUGCCUCAGGGAGCGCAUGGAACUGGAUGUAUUUCAUCCCCCUUAUUAUCAUCGGCUCCUUCUUCAUGCUCAACCUGGUGCUGGGUGUGUUGUCCGGGGAGUUUGCCAAAGAGAGAGAGCGGGUGGAAAACAGAAGCGAGUUCCUAAAGCUGAGAAGGCAGCAGCAGAUUGAAAGGGAACUCAAUGGUUACUUGGAAUGGAUCUGCAAAGCUGAAGAGGUUCUCUUGGCAGACGAUGAAAAUGAAAAUGAUUACGAUGGCUCCCGCAGGAGAGCCACCAAGAACCACAAGAGCAAAGCUGAGCUUCUCAACCCGGAGGAGGGGGAGGGAGAUCUGGCAGUUGCUUCGCCGUUUGCCCGCGCUAGCUUAAAAAGCUCCAAGCUUGAAGUGUCAACUUUCAAGAGGAGAGAAAGGCGCUUGCGCUUUUUAAUCAGGCACAUUGUAAAGUCGCAGGCCUUCUACUGGACUGUUCUGUGUUUGGUGGGACUCAACACGCUGUGUGUGGCUGUCGUGCACUACGACCAGCCGGAACCACUCUCCGAUUUUUUAAAUUACGCCGAAUUUCUCUUCCUGGGAAUAUUCCUGACGGAGAUGUUUGUCAAGAUGUACGGUCUGGGAAAGCAGGCUUACCUCAACUCUUCUUUCAACUGCUUCGACUGCAUCGUGAUCUGCGGCAGCAUAUUUGAAGUGCUGUGGUCUUUUAUCCAACCGGGCACAUCAUUCGGCAUCAGUGUUUUACGAGCUCUCAGGUUAUUGAGGAUCUUCAAGGUCACCAAGUAUUGGGCGUCUUUACGGAACCUUGUCGUGUCUUUGCUCAACUCCAUGAAGUCCAUUAUCAGCUUGCUCUUCCUCCUCUUCCUCUUCAUAGUUGUCUUUGCCCUACUGGGAAUGCAGCUCUUCGGAGGACAGUUUAAUUUUGAAAAUGGAACUCCUUCAACUAACUUUGAUACCUUCCCGGCAGCAAUAAUGACAGUGUUUCAGAUUCUGACUGGUGAAGACUGGAACAUGGUGAUGUACUCUGGCAUUAAGUCUCAGGGCGGCGUCAACAAGGGGAUGGCCUUCUCCAUCUUCUUCAUUGUGCUUACACUUUUUGGCAACUAUACUCUGCUGAAUGUCUUCUUGGCUAUCGCUGUGGACAAUUUGGCGAACGCACAGGAGCUAACCAAGGAUGAGCAAGAGGAGGAGGAGGCUGCCAGUCAGAAGAUCGCAUUGCAGAAAGCCAAGGAGGUAGCGGAAGUCAGCCCCCUUUCAGCUGCCAACCUCUCCAUAGCAGCCAACAAAGUACACAGUGAUUAUCACAACGCUACUGACUCCUUACUGGACUGUAAGGAGCAGCAGAAGAACCACAAUAAGGGAAUCAAUAAGUCCGUGUGGGAGCAGCGCACCAAGGAGCUGAGGAAACAGACCCUGGCGUCCAGCCGAGAAGCCCUCUACAAUGAGCUGGACCCCGAAGACCGCUGGAAGGCAAGGGCAGGGAGGGAGGAACAAAACAAUGUCAACUACUCACGCCACGUCCGACCAGAUAUGAAAACUCACCUGGAUCGACCUUUGGUGGUUGACCCCCUGGAGAACCGCAACAACAACACCAACAAGAACACCGACAACAAUCCGGACCUCUGCUUCAGCCAGAAGCAUCCCGCCGACGACGGCCACGGAGCUCAAGGAGUCAAAGCUCCUCUCGAGCGAGGCGAGUCCACCGAGAGUAGGCGGAGCCGGAAAAGUACGCACCACCAUCGUGGCUCCCAUGCGCGCUUGGAUACGACUGUCAUCGCCGGGCCGGGGUCGGAAGAGAGGCCCGCUAGGCGCCAUCAUCAUAAUCGCAGCGGAAGUCGGGGGACGGGCCAGUCGGAACACCGGAAACCCAGAUUGCGUCGCAAGAACGAUGACGACGACGACGACGGUCGAGAAGGAAGCGGGAAAGCCGCGAGACGCAAGAGCAAGGGCGUCGACGGAGGCGGGGAGGGAGGAGAGAAGGUAGCGGCCGGUGACGGAAGCGAGAAGAGGCCCAGAAGGAAUCGCCAUAGCAACCAGAUGGAAGGAGAAGGGAAGAAGACGUGCCAGCGUCGACGCAAGGAUGGGAGUGUUCUGAACCUGUCCACCACAAGGCCCAUCCAGAAGAGGCUGUCCAGGCAGGACAGCGAAGAUAUGGACAACCUCAUGAACACCAAACUGGUUUCCGGCUCCAACGAGCAGCCCGCAAAUCCCGGCUUCGAAUCCGCCCUGCAGCUCGCCCAAAGCGCCACAAGAGGGAGCUUAGUCCGAUUGGACGGCUACGGGAACGUGGCGCAUCGGCGCGCCAACAACGCGCCCCACCUGGACCACACAGUGGUGGACAUGCCGGUUUUUCCAUCCGCCAACGCCAUCCUGCAGGUCAAUAAAAAUGCAAACACCGAGCCGCUACCAGCCAAGGAGGACAAGGACGAUGACGACGACGCAAAGGGAGGUGACGGGGGACCCAAGCCCAUGCCCCCCUUCACCUCCAUGUUCAUACUGAGCACCACCAACCCGUUUCGCCGGGCCUGUCACUACAUCUGCACGCUGCGCUACUUUGAGAUGUGUAUUCUGCUGGUCAUCGCCAUGAGCAGCAUCGCCCUUGCCGCCGAAGACCCCGUCUGGCCCGAUUCCGCUCGCAACAAUGUCCUGCGCUAUUUCGACUACGUCUUCACGGGGGUCUUCACCUUUGAGAUGCUAAUUAAGAUGGUGGACCUGGGCUUGGUCUUGCAUCAGGGCUCUUAUUUCCGUGAUUUGUGGAACAUCCUGGACUUUAUUGUGGUUAGUGGCGCGCUGGUGGCCUUCGCCUUCACGGGGAGCAGCAAAGGGAAAGAUAUCAGCACCAUCAAGUCUCUGAGGGUGCUGAGAGUGCUGCGGCCACUCAAGACCAUAAAGCGCCUUCCCAAACUCAAGGCUGUUUUUGACUGCGUGGUGAACUCUCUGAAGAACGUCCUCAACAUUCUGAUCGUCUACCUUCUCUUCAUGUUCAUCUUUGCCGUGGUGGCCGUGCAGCUUUUCAAGGGACGUUUCUUUCACUGCAGCGAUGAAUCCAAAGAAUUUGAGCGGGACUGCAGAGGCGAGUUUUUGGUGUACGGGCGGGAUAACGAAGUGAAGGCGCAGAAGCGGGAGUGGAAGAAAUACGAUUUCCACUACGACAACGUGGCUUGGGCCCUGCUCACGCUCUUCACCGUCUCAACCGGAGAGGGCUGGCCCGAGGUGCUGAAACAUUCCGUGGACGCCACUUACGAGAAUCAGGGCCCCAGCCCGGGAUACCGGAUGGAGAUGUCCAUCUUUUAUGUGGUGUAUUUUGUGGUCUUCCCUUUUUUCUUUGUCAAUAUCUUCGUGGCUCUCAUCAUCAUCACCUUCCAGGAGCAGGGUGACAAAAUGAUGGAGGACUAUAGUUUAGAAAAGAAUGAGAGAGCUUGUAUCGAUUUUGCCAUCAACGCCAAGCCUUUGACUCGCCACAUGCCCAAGAACAAGCUGAGCUUUCAGUACCGCAUGUGGGAGUUUGUGGUGUCGCCGCCGUUUGAGUACACCAUCAUGGCAAUGAUUGCGCUCAACACCAUUGUCCUUAUGAUGAAGUAUGAUGGAGCUUCAGAUACCUACGAAGCUGUGUUGGCCAACCUCAACAUUGUGUUUACCUCACUGUUCUCCAUGGAAUGCGUACUCAAGAUUAUUGCCUUUGGAGCACUGAAUUAUUUUAAAGACGCCUGGAACAUUUUCGACUGUGUGACUGUUCUAGGCAGCAUCACUGACAUUCUGGUUACGGAACUCGGGAAUAACUUCAUCAACCUGAGUUUCCUGAGGCUGUUCAGGGCAGCUCGCCUCAUCAAGCUGCUGAGGCAAGGAGAAACCAUUCGGAUCUUGCUCUGGACCUUCGUUCAGUCCUUCAAGGCUUUGCCUUACGUUUGCCUCCUUAUUGCCAUGCUCUUCUUCAUCUACGCCAUCAUUGGGAUGCAGCUCUUUGGGAAUAUCGCCAUCGAAGAAGACGGAGAAGGUGCCAUCGACCAACAUAACAACUUCAGAACCUUCGUUCAGGCUCUCAUGCUGCUCUUCAGGAGCGCCACAGGGGAGGCGUGGCAUGAGAUCAUGCUAGCAUGUUUAGGGGGCAAGGAUUGCGACGAGCUAGCUGGGAAUCCGGAGCCCGAAUGUGGCAGCCAAGUGGCUUACCUCUACUUUGUCUCGUUCAUCUUCUUCUGUUCAUUUUUGAUGCUGAAUCUGUUUGUGGCCGUCAUCAUGGACAACUUUGAGUACUUGACGAGAGAUUCUUCCAUACUUGGACCUCACCACUUGGAUGAGUAUGUCAGGAUAUGGGCCGAGUAUGAUCCUGCCGCCUGCGGGCGCAUUCAUUAUAAGGACAUGUACAGUUUAUUACGAGUUAUCGACCCGCCUCUGGGCUUAGGCAAGAAAUGCCCCCAUAGGGUGGCCUGCAAGAGACUGCUCCGCAUGGAUCUGCCCGUGGCUGACGACAACACGGUCCACUUUAAUUCCACCCUCAUGGCUUUGAUCCGGACGGCGCUGGACAUCAAGAUCGCCAAGAUUUCUGAAGGUGGUAUUGACAAGCACCAGAUGGAUGCAGAGCUGAGGAAAGAGAUGAUGGCAAUCUGGCCCAAUCUCUCCCAGAAGCAUCUGGACUUGCUGGUUACUCCCCAUAAGUCGACAGACCUGACAGUUGGCAAAAUCUAUGCUGCCAUGAUGAUCAUGGAGUACUACCGGCAGAGCAAGACCAAGCGCUCGCAGGCACUCCGGGACGAGCAGCGCGUGGAACCGCCUUCCCCCAGCCAGGACGGGGCCCCGGCCCUCAACAACGCGCUCCCUCCACCUGAGACGACCGACGCAACGAGCAGCCUCCCGGUGGAAAGAAGGGUGCCGGAGAGCCACUCGUGGGUCACGGCUCGUGCUCAGGAGAUGUCCCAAAAGGUCGGAAGCUGGAGUCCUGAAGAUGGCCUGGGAAGCAUGACCACCUCCCAGACGGUAGAGAUGAGAGAGAUGGGGCAGGAUGGUUACUCGGAUACUGAGCACUUUCCACCAAUGGAAGGCCACGGCAGGGCCGCUUCCAUGCCCCGCCUACCAGGCGACAACCAAACCAUCAGCGACAACAGCCCCAUGAAGCGCUCGGCCUCCUCGCUAGGUCACAGCAGGUCGGGACGUGGCAGCAGAGACAAGGGAGGCCCGGACGUCUACGACGCCGCCGAGCGCGUCAUACCCGAGGAAGGUCGGCCUUCCAGGCACGGGCACAGGAGAAAAGAACGCGGUCAUCGGGCCUCCGAGAGGUCGCUGAGUCGCUACGCGGAGGCUGACGCAGACGCCCAGUCAGGUGACCUGAUGUCCAGGGACAGGGAUCGGGAUCGGGACAGAGAUCGUGGCCGCUCCAAAGACCGCAAGCACCAUCACCAUCAUCACCACCAUCACGGUUCCGUGGACAAAGAACGUUACGCGGCAGAGCGAGGCGGCGAUUACGCCCGCAAGCAUUCUCGUGACAGAGAGCCCGACAGGGAACGAGAACGGGACCCGCGAUGGUCGCGAUCCCCCAGCGAGGGUCGCGACUGCAUCGCACACAGACAGGGCAGUAGUUCGGUCAGUGGAAGUCCUGUUCCAUCAACCUCGGGGACUAGCACGCCGCGCCGAGGCCGCCGUCAGUUGCCUCAGACGCCGGCGACGCCCCGCCCCCACGUUACGUACUCCCCCGUAGUCCGUAAGGUCGUGCCCUCGCAAGCGGCGGGGCGGGCUCCGGCCCCCGCGCCCCGCCGAUUAUCUCCGGAAGCCCCCCAAAGUCAGGUCCCUAUGGGUGGCGUUCCGCCGGGCCACCACGGCGUGCCCCGCCAGGGUCAUCACCCGCCGCUCCGUUGGGCGGACGCAGACGGAGGCUCCAUAGAAGGCGACGGCUGCUUUCACAACCAAAACUACGUGCCCCACCACGAAGCGCCCGCUCACGAGCCGGGCGUCAACCCCCACCCGCACCCUUUGGCCGGCCACCCACUGCCACCUCCUCCCCAAGGGCAGCCACGCAACCUGCACCCCCUCCCCCCUCCCAACCCUCACCCCCUCCCCUUGCCGCCACACCCCCAGCCAAACCGUACCUCGGCGAGGACCGUCCACCACGUGCCCCCUUCAGCCAACGCCGCCACGCCCCAUCAGGGCCAAGUGCAGCCGGGCGUCCAGCGCCGCCUGCCCAACGGUUACCGCUCUUCGUCACCUUCCACACAUCUCCACGGACCCCAACAUAGCGGGCCUCACAAGGUCCCGCCCCCAGGGGGACACCCUAGAGGACCCCGCAAGGGUCUGCAUGAACCCUACUGCGAGAAGGAGCAGGACGACUGGUGCUAG